AUGACUUAUUUGUCAGGUGCAUCAGUCAGAACUGCCCAAUUAAGCUAUGAUAUUAAAGUUGAUGGCCAUGGAACUAGAUGUUCAAACCUAGAACACACAGAUUUAGAUGAAAAAGACAUCAAUGCGAUACUCGAGUGGCACAACGCUUAUCGUAACACGGUGGCAAAUGGCGAAGAACAAAGAGGAAAUCCGGGUCCUCAACGACCAGCAAAAUAUAUGAUGGAGUUGGUUUGGGAUGAUGAACUCGCUUAUAUCGCCAGACGAUGGGCGUUACAGUGCAACCUCUUUGAGAAAGAUCAAUGCCGAGACGUUGGCAAGUAA